ACGUGAAUCAGACAUCACUGCCAUUUUUGUUGUGUCUUCUUCAAUUCCCAUGACAAGAGUACACCGGCGCAGCUCUUCUAGCAGGAAAAGCAAUACAAGUUUUCGUCAUCGGGCCACGUUCCAUCUCGAGGACGCUCAAUAGAUCCUAGCCCUCCACCUCCGUUGAGAAUUGUACAAGUUUGGUACAAUGUUCGAGUUGGCUGACAACUUAUAGGAGGAUUUGAAUUUCGAAUUUCAAAUCUCUCCAAAUCCAUCCCGUUUUUCCUUCCAUUUUUGUCUAAUCUUUCAUCCAUAAAUAGCAUCUUUUUCUACAUUUUUUUGAGGGUUUUUUUGAUUUGGGAAAAAAUAGGGUUAGAAAAAUAGAAAAAGGUUGGAGGGAGUAGAAAGAGAACGCAGGAAAAAGAAUUAAGAGUUACAGAGAAUCAACAGGCAAAAGCGAGGUAGGAUUUACAGCGACAACGAUCAUAAAGUUAAAGUUUCUGGUCUCCUGUUUGGCAUUCAAAUUUCUGUAGAUCGUUGGAAGUGGGGUUGCUCUCUUAAGCUCUUCGUCGUCCUGAGUUUGCUGCUCCAAAAUAGGUAAAUGGAGCUGAUAUACGGGACUGUAUACACUAGUAUGCACCUAGUGGAUACUAGAAUGGGAAAAUGAGUCUAAAAGCCCCCAAAAUUCAGUUUUAUAUUUUGUUGUUGGGCCUAAUGUGACGUCCCGCCACAAUUCUAGCCUGAUUUGGCGUCCGAAUGGGGAAGAAUGAUAUAGAGUUGUGAAGAGGUUUGCAGAGAACUCUAGACCCUUCUAGAUUUCUGGAGAAGACUAGAGAAUUCCUUAGAAUUCUCUAAAAUACUUUAGAUUCUUCUGGAAGAGUUUAACAUAUUCUAAAAAAUGUAGAAUUCUCUAGAAUAUGGACUAUAGUGUAAUUAUUAGAAGGACUUGUAGAGAAAUUUUUAUUUGCACUUAGGCCCUUAGGAGGUAGUAUAAAUAGAAGGGUCUCUCAUUUGUAACUCAUCCAAGAAUCCAACCAAACAAAGUUGUAAGCAAAUCUUUCAAGCUUAAUAUCAGCCCUCUUCCAAAGUUCUUUUUAAGUCGUUCUUUACAUUCUCUUAGCAAUCCAAGUCUUAGAGGCUUACUUGAGCUUACAAGAUCGUGAAAGAUUCAUGAGUAAGUUACCGAGUGCCACACGGAGUCUUAGCAAAUACUCUAAGUCCGUGACAAAGUGGUAUCAGAGUCAGGUUUGAUUAUAAGAGAAUGACUAACGAAGGAUACGUAAACGGCGCUAGCACCACCAACGUCCGUAUGGAUGGUGGAAAGAAGAACGGAAAGGGGAAGAAACAUCAAAAGGGUAACGAGGAAAUGUUGCCUGAGCUCACACCUAGCGAGGCGCUAACAUCUCACCCACCCUCGACUGUCGAUGCAAGUGACGAAGAAAUAGGCGAAGAUGCCAUAGACGUCACUGCCGGAGAAGAAUGGGUUGCAAGGGUAGAAGUGGCAAGACAAGCCGUCGAGAUCUUAGGCUCGCGCAUGAACGUGAUUGACAACAAGUUCAAGACCCUUGAGGACUUUACCCUUGAGCAGAAUGAGUUAAUCCGGAAGGAGUUGGAGGGACGCCAGCAGGCCGAGUUCGAGAUGAAGGAGGUCAUCACUUCUGUGGAGUGUCGAUUUAUGGAAGUGCUUAACACGAAGGAAACCAUCACUUCGUUGGAGCGACAGCUGACGGAAGCACUUGGCACGAUCGAGACACUGAGGGUCAAAGUGAAAGCACUCAAGGAAGGCGUGGAGGUUGGAGGAUCUGCAUAACCUGACCGUGAUAGGGAGGCCAGGGUCUAGGCUCCCAAGCCACCUAUGUUCAAAGGCAUCCACGACGCACAAGAGGUGGAGAAUUUCUUAUGGCACUUGGAGAACUACUUCAAGUGUAGUCGGGUGAGAAGUGACUCGAACAAGAUCAACACAUCUGUGUUGUAUCUUUCGGAGAUGGCCAUGUUAUGGUGGAGGCAUAAAGAGUCUGACAUCAGGAAGGGGACGUGCACCAUCAACACGUGGGAGCAAUUCCGCGAAGAGUUCAAGAGGGCGUUCUUCCCCAACAACGUCUUCUAUGAGGCAAAACGCAAGUUUAGGGAGUUAAAGCAAAUGGGGAGCAUACACGCAUAUGUGCAGGAGUUCACCACCCUUACGCUUCAGAUUCCCAACCUCACGGAUGAAGAUAUGUUCCACUUCAUGGAUGGGCUGCAAAAUUGGGCCAGGACCGAGUUGGAACUCCGACAGGUCAGGACGAUUGAUGAAGCCAUCACACAGGCCGAAGCCUUGACAGACUUCAGGCAAGAGAAGCCUUACAGUGCCGGAGGGGACGACGUUAGAGAUAGUCAUGAUAAUGGUGGGGGAGAUCGUGGCGAAUGCGAGGAGCAACGACCUCAGAGGCAUGAUACUUAUAGGUCCAACGGCAAGAAGUCUGGAGAACAUAGCAACACGGUGAGGAAGACACAGGUUGCCAAGGGAGAUGGUUGCUACAUAUGCGGUGGACCGCAUGGAUAUGCAGGGUGCCCCAAGCUGAAGAGCUUUAGUGCUAUCCUGCGAGAGCAGAAAGAGAAGGAAGCACAUGAGCAAGAACAAGGUGCGGAGACAACACAGUUGGGCUUGAUAGGACUAUGCAGAGCUGUCACUAAGCAACCAGAGAAGCCAAGAAUAUGCGGCGCGCAAUGUGUCGACAUCACGAUCAAUGGAAGACCCGCUCGUGCUAUUGUCGACACAGGUGCAGAGGUCACUAUCAUGACCAAGACGACAGCGACAAGUUUGGGGCUGCGUUAUAGUCCAAGUAACACACAACUUAGGACGGUCAACGCACCACCGACUCCCGUGAAUGGAGUCGCGCAUGGAGUAAGCAUCACGCUAGGCGAGUGGCAAGGUAAAACCAACUUCAUUGUCGCUCCUUUAGAUCUCUUUGAUGUAAUUCUUGGGCAGGAGUUCUUCCAGGCGUGUCACGUGGUGAUCGAUCCUUACCUCCAACAACUUAUGGUCUUGGAGAAAGGAGGAACAUGUAUGAUUUCCAUGGUUAAGGCAUCGAAGACAGAGGGACAGGUCCGACUGACAGCCAUGCAGCUCGAGAGGGUCGACAAGAGAAAAAGGAUGACAUCUGCAACUACCAUUGCAAGUUCGGGAGAACACAAUGGUGCUGAGAAGUCCUUGCCACCGUGCACGAAAAAGGUACCAAGAGGGAACACUGUCGUGAUGAAAGAGAAGCCGCCGAGGCACUUGCCUCCUAGGAAGGAGGAAAUUUGAAAGAUCAAGCCGAGACAGAUCGAACAACAGUUAAGGGAGCUGCUCAAAGGGAUUGAUCGAGUGCGUGGAUUGAUGAUCGCAUGACAAAACUCGAAUAUCGAUGCAGCAGCGAUGCGACGCGAUCGUCGCAUCAACAGAUGUGGGAGAGCAUGACGUCCCGCCACAAUUCUAGCCUGAUUUGGCGUCCGAAUGGGGCAGAAGGAUCUAGAGUUCUGAAGAGGUUUGCAGAGAACUCUAGACCCUUCUAGAUUUCUGGAGAAGACUAGAGAAUUCCUUAGAAUUCUCUAGAAUACUUUAGAUUCUUUUGGAAGAGUUUAACAUAUUCUAGAAAAUGUAGAAUUCUCUAGAAUAUGGACUACAGUGUAAUUAUUAGAAGGACUUGUAGAGAAAUUUUUAUUUGCACUUAGGCCCUUAGGAGGUAGUAUAAAGAGAAGGGCCUCUCAUUUGUAACUCAUCCAAGAAUCCAACCAAGCAAAGUUGUAAGCAAAUCUUCCAAGCUUAAUAUAAGCCCUCUUCCAAAGUUCUUUCUAA